GAGCAACUCUGUUCCUGUUUUUUACGGCCCUUUAUCUGUCUGCCACCUCAUCACUUCACUGCGUCGGCUCCGAGGAUGCUGGGAGAAAAAGGUGGGAGGAGGACUAUUGUUCGUCCCAAGCUGCGGUGACGUCACCGCUGCAGUGCAGGGCGGGGCUGUGCCCCAGGCCUCAGCAGGAGUAGGGGACUGAACUGCAGCACUGACCGGCAGCCACGGCGACAGACCAGCAUCACAAAAUGGGAAACAUCCAACCAACAAUUGUGCCCUACGAAGAUUUUGAUGUCGUGGCUGACAUCAAGGCUAUCCGCCAAGCCUGCAAAGGCCUGGGGACUGAUGAAGAAGCCAUAAUUAACAUCUUAGCCAAUCGCUCUUCGGCCCAGCGUGUGGAGAUCAAGCAAGCGUACUUUGAGAAGUAUGAUGAUCAGGAGCUGGAGGAGGUGUUGAAGAGUGAACUGGGAGGCAGCUUUGAGAGUGGCAUCAUCGCCAUGUUGGACCCGCCCCACAUCUUCACCGCCAAGGAGCUGAGGAGGGCCAUGAAGGGGGCGGGCACCAGCGAGGACAUCCUGGUGGAGAUCCUGUGCACCAGCACCAAUCAGGACAUUUUGAAUUUGAAAGAAGUUUAUGCCCAGUUGCACGAGCGGGAUCUGGAGGCUGACAUUGAAGGAGAGACUAGCGGGGACGUGAGGAACUUAAUGGUCGCUCUCCUGCAGGCCAGUCGGGAUGACGGCUACGAUGUGGAUGAGGAAAUGGCAGAACAAGACGCAGCGUCUCUGAUUGAGGCUGGGGAGGGCCGCUUCGGGACUGACGAAUCCACCUUCACCUACAUCCUCACACACAGGAACUACAUUCAGCUCCAGGCCACCUUUAAGGCGUACGAGGCGCUAGCCGGAACAGAGAUCUUGGAUGCCAUCGACAGCGAAGCGACUGGCACACUGAAAGACUGCUACAUCACUCUCGUGAGGUGCGCAAAGAACCCGCAACUUUACUUUGCACGCCGUCUGAAUGCUGCCAUGAAAGGUGCGGGUACUGACGAGGGCACCCUGAUCCGCAUCAUCGUGGGUCGCUCUGAGAUUGACCUGGAGAUCAUCAAAGACAUGUACCUGGAGAAGUACGACGUUUCGCUGAAGGACGCCCUUUGCUCGGAGUGCGGGGGAGAUUUCAAACGGCUCCUCCUGGAGAUCUUGCACUGAGAUUCUGCAGCACACUGCCACCUAGUGGCCAGCACUGGCUACAGCUGCUACACUCGCCAAGGGAACUAACCCAUCCCUCACUCACAAACCUCACUGUCCAUAAAAAGGGAAAUUCAGCCCAAGUAACUAUCCCCAGAAGGGAUUAUUGGAUAUGUAUCUUAUCAUUCAGUUUUGUUGCAUGAAAAUACACAAACCUCUAGAUUUUCUUUAGAAAUGGGAGCUGGGGGGGAGGGAAUGUGUAGUAUUUGGUUUUGCCACGAUGGCUCAUUUUGGUUUCAUUUUGGUUUAAGCUUUCUCUGUCAGAGAAACUUUGCUGGACCUGAAAAACUCAAAUUAGUUUUUGCCUAAAACUUUUUCCCUCCAUCUUGCAACCACAAAGCCACAACUACUAAUGGAUGGGGAAAUAAUUCAGUACAUCUUGUUUCAAAAUGCCUUAUAAAAUAAAUGUAUGUUUGAAUUACAAUCCAAAUGGCAGGUGGUGUAGGUAUAAUACCAUACAGAAAAUGUAAGUAACCUGUAUGACAUAUGAAAUACAAACAUGCAAAUACAUAUUUCAGGUGUAUGUAUUUGGAACUACUGCCCAACCCUUGUCAUUAGGCACCAUCAGGGACGAGGUUUGAGUGCCAGCAUUCAGUGCCACUGAUCACUUCCUGUUGUGUUAGUGAUGCCUUAGGAAAAACAUGUAGGAAUAUGUUCAAAUCCUUCUCUCUGGUAACCAAGACAGCUGAAGUGGCGGAAAGGCGGAGCCGCUUUUGGGACACCUUCCGCCCCUCAGCGUGUCUCUCGUCGAGGAGAUUCAUUGGACAGUGUACACCCCUAGCUUGGUGGGUGAACAUCGCUUAGUAUGCAAUCACUAUCCAUUCAUUUGUCGUUUUUCCAAUCUUUAUAGGUUUUCAGUGUACUGAUGGUACAGUCCUUAUGAAACCAUUACACACCCAGUAUAAUCGAAAGCCAGUCCUUGUGAAACCAUUACACACCCAGUAUAAUCGAAAACCAAACCUUAUGAAACCAUUAUACACCCAGUAUAAUAUAAAACCUGCUUCGUCAUGCAUGCCCAUUGCUUUGUGAAUCCCGUUGUUGGCUUUAUUACUCCAUAUAGAUGCUAUAUACAAAUCUCCAGUAUAUUAAACUCAUUAACUGGUACUGUGUGAUUGAUAACUAGUAUAUACUGUAUAGACAGAGAAUGGCAUAGUUUUGUCAGAUAGGCAAAUGAGGGAGGUUGGUGGAUGAAAUGAAGGUUUAAGGUUUCAAGGGCGAUGUCAUUAAAAUGACUUCACUCUUGUCUCGCAAAGCCAGUGACACUCUCGUGCAUGUGUCACCAUGGCAGCAGGUGCAUACCUCUUAUUGAAUCAUGUCCUGGGUUAGCAUAUCAAUCCUGUGUAAUCGUACAUUACUUUUCCUGCAUUUCAACCAAUAAUGCUGGCUUCCUAUGUAUCCUAUUGAAGAGAGUGAGCAUACAGUAGAUUUGUCCAGUAGAGAAUGGUUUAUUCACCUAGUCCAAGAAAAUUCAUAGAUACCAAGUCGGGACCAAUUUUAACCUCAGUAUAUAGCCAAAGAUGUAUGGAUAAAUAUUAAUAAAUGAGAAAUAAUAUGGAAA